UUUUUUUUUUUUAAUUCAUUUUAUAUUUAUAUUGUAUUAGACCAUGCUUUCUAGUCGGUCUAGAACAACAGCAUUUCAUUCAGCUUCUACUUUAUUUGGUAGAGGUGUUCAUCAUGCUGCCAAACUGUCAUCUCGUAGUCCUAUUGAAAUGAUUGUGGUUGUUUUGAUUUUGGGCUCUUUUUGUUAUUUUUCUCUCUUCAACUUGGCUCGGUCAUCUGAUCUCUUUUCUGGUACCGUUACUCGUUUAUACCCUACUUCUGUCUAUGCUUCACCUGAUGCGUCUCAUUUCACCGUUUUGGAUACUUCUGACUCGUUAGACGAUGCUGUAAUGGUUCAACUCAAACAAAUUGUCGUGACUGAUCCUCAACGUGGUAAUGUUUUACACAGAUCAACUCUUGAAUCUGUUUUACAAUUUCAAAAUAUGAUUGAAAAUGAAGUAUAUGUUCCCGAUGACUCUCUUGGUGGCAAACAAUUUGUGUAUACCAAAGAUUUGUGCUACAAACCUGCUCAAUUUGAAAAUAAUCAUCAAUGCUUUGCUCCUUCUCCUACUGACUUUUGGAAUCAUGACGCGCAAAUAUUAAGAGAUGAUUCACACUUUCUUCAAACUAUUUCUCGUCAUCGUGAUCAAGCUGGUUAUCUGUUUGGUGAUCUUAAAACUUCCACUGCUUCUUCUUUGGUUUUAUCUUAUGCUUUCAAUGCUUCUUCAAAAGCACAUCAAUAUUUGGCUGAUCUUUGGAUUCAUAAAGUCGCAACCUUACCUCCUGGUGAUCUGAUUUCCUUAUCUAAUUCUGCUGCUGGACUUCAAGAAAAUAUUUUUGUUUGGCUUUUUAUUAUUUCUCGCAAUGUCAUCUAUCGUAUCAAGGAACUUUUGGAGUUGGCUGAUAAAGUAGAUAUUUAUGUUAUCUUGACUGGUUACUUGAUGAUGAUUGCCACUUUUAUAUCUCUUUACAUCAAUAUGCGUGGAAUUGGUUCUCGUUAUACUUUAGCCACUGCCGUCGUCUUUAAUGGAUUCUUUGCUUUUAUGCUUUCAUUAUUGACUGUCCGUUCCCUUGGAAUCAAUGUAUCUCCUGAUGUUUUGGCUGAAGCAAUUCCUUUUUUGGCUGUCACUAUUGGUUUUGAAAGGCCAUUCAAGCUUACAAAAAGAGUUUUCCAAUACAGCAAAGAAUCUCCAUUGACCAAACAAGAAAUUCGAAACACUAUCAUGCGUGCUGUUGAUUCAGUGGCAUUACCUAUUGCUCGUGAUUGUUUUAUGGAAAUCACUGUCCUUGUUUUGGGUGCUAAAUCUGGUGUGGCUGGUCUUCGUGAAUUCUGUCUUCUCAGUGCUAUUCUUCUUGCCUUUGACUUUGUGUUGAUGUUUACUUGGUAUACCGCUGUGUUGGCUCUCAAACUAGAGCUUCUCCGUAUUCGUGAAAUCAAUGGUACCUCCUCUACUAAAAAUGCUACUCAUAAAACCCCAACUACUGGUUACAUUCGUCGUACGUUUAUCAAGGCGUUUAGUGAUGAUAACGCUUCAGGUGCUAGCUUAUCUGUUUCCCAAAAGUCUGAAGGUCCUAUUAUUGGUCGAGUCAAACUCAUGAUGAUUGUUGGUUUUGUUGUGAUGCAUAUCUUCAAUGUUUGUUCUACUUUCCAAGCACCUCAAGUUAAUAUUGAAGAUCCCAAUAUUGAUGGUGUCCUUCAACAAUUGUUACAACAACAUCGAUCAUCUUCUCUGUCUUCUCGACCUAUUUUAGUAGAGGUGUUCCCAUCCUUACCUUUCCAAGUUGCUACGUCUCACGUCAAUUUCAUUCCCAACUUUAUUGUUGAACCUUUGGAAUUAUUGUUAUCUGUAUCUGCUGGUUAUGUGCAACAUCCUGUUAUCAGCAAAUGGCUUACUCUUGGUCUCUUUGUCUCAUUAUUCCUUAACACUUAUUUAUUCAAGAUGGCUCGUCAACCUAAAGUUACUCAUCAACUUACUACAACCCCAGCAGCAACUAUAGAACCUAAUCAACAACAACCUUCUGUCACCCGGCCCCGCUCACAGACAAUCCGACGUCGUCGUCCUACCAUCAAUACUUCCAGUGUAGUCCGACCUUUGGAAGAAUGUGUUAAUUUGAUGACGACUCCUGAAGAGUUGAAUGAUGAAGAAGUAAUCAUUUUGGUGCAAUCUGGUAAAAUGGCUCCUUAUGCUCUUGAAAAGGUACUUGGUGAUUUGGAACGUGCUGUGAAUAUCCGUCGUGCUUUGAUUUCUCGUGCGUCUGUGACGAAAACUCUUGAAUCCAGUGCUCUUCCUUCGGCCAAUUAUCAUUAUGACAAGGUGAUGGGUGCUUGCUGCGAAAAUGUGAUUGGUUAUAUGCCUCUUCCUGUUGGUAUUGCUGGUCCUUUGAACAUUGAUGGUGUCCAGAUCCAUAUUCCCAUGGCAACAACGGAAGGAUGUUUGGUGGCUUCUGCUGCUCGAGGUUGUAAGGCAAUCAAUGCUGGUGGUGGUGCUUCAACAGUGGUGACGGCAGAUGGUAUGACACGUGGUCCUUGUAUAGAAUUCCCCUCCGUGGUACGUGCUGCUGAAUGUAAACAAUGGAUUGAACAAGAAGGUAAUGCUAUUUUGACCAAUGCAUUCAACUCGACUUCCCGAUUCGCUCGUCUUCGUAAACUCAAAGUGGCUUUGGCUGGCAAGUUAGUCUUCAUUCGAUUCUCAACUACUACUGGUGACGCGAUGGGUAUGAAUAUGAUUUCUAAAGGAUGUGAAAAAGCGAUUAGUGUUUUAUCUGAAGUGUUUACUGAUAUGCAAGUCAUCUCACUCUCUGGUAACUAUUGUACAGACAAGAAACCUGCUGCGAUCAAUUGGAUAGAAGGACGAGGUAAAUCUGUUGUAGCGGAAGCAGUGAUCCCUGGUGCGGUUGUGGAAAAGGUACUCAAAACAACUGUGGCUGCAUUGGUGGAAUUGAACAUUAGCAAGAACUUGAUUGGAUCUGCCAUGGCUGGUUCGGUAGGUGGAUUCAAUGCACAUGCUGCAAAUAUCUUGACGGCGAUCUAUUUGGCAACAGGACAAGAUCCAGCUCAAAAUGUAGAAAGUUCAAAUUGUAUCACAUUAAUGAAGGCAAUCAACGAUCAUCAAGAUUUACAUAUCUCAUGUACUAUGCCUAGUAUUGAAGUGGGUACCAUUGGUGGUGGUACUAUUCUUCCUCCUCAACAAUCCAUGUUGGAUAUGCUCGGUGUACGUGGUCCUCAUCCUACUGAACCUGGAAAGAAUGCUCAACGUUUGGCUCGAAUCAUCUGUGCUGCUGUCAUGGCUGGUGAACUUUCUUUGUGUGCUGCUCUUGCUGCUGGACAUUUGGUCAAGGCUCAUAUGGCUCAUAACCGGUCAGCUGUUGCAACCCCUGCCUCUACUCCUGCAAUCACAACCAAAAUGGAACCUGGCUCUUGUAUCAAAUCUUAAACAUCCCCUCCUUCUUUCUUCAUUCCCCAUUCUCCACGUAUAUAUUUCCAGAUUAGAAUCAUACUCUCCCUUCCUUUUUUUUUUUUUUUUUUU